AAUCGUCGUCAGUCGUCGAUAGUAGCUCGACGAGUGUGUACGCACCGAGACAAAGUUGCUCGUAAUCGGUCGAUCUUACUUAACCUCGUGACGCGCCGACGCGUUUCAUCCGAAAGAUUCCGAGUCGAGCCGACAUCGAAUCUCUUAUUCUUCUAAUAAAAGUACUCUUUCGCGUCGCCGUUCUCUCAGUCGCGUCAGCGAUAUUGCGGACUAAGUGUGUUAUGCAUUGUGCGUCCACUCUCCGUAUAUAUGAUAACUGUAUAUAAAGGGACAACAACAAAAAUGCGAUCCGUCGCGCGAGACAAGCCGUGCGUGCCGAGUGCGAUCAUCUGAGCGCAAUUAGCAUACAAACAUAGACGAAAAACCAGAACGGCGGACACAUUUGUGCGUGCCUACACACGUAUACCUACGACACAUAUCUGCACAGCUGCUUCGUCCAUGUACUAUCCGUUGCACUCGCUGCAUCGACGACCGUGACAACGUGAAAGGUGGGGACUCAUCGUAGAGUGCGUUCAGAAACGUCACCCGAAUACUCUUUCUCUCUCUUUACUUCACUCUCGUAUCUCUCUUAUUCCAACGCAGCGGGUGCACCCGGGUGACGUUUUCGAACGCACCCUUACUGUUGUGUGUGUUGUCAUCGCGGACACACGUACCGAAGAUGCCUGUGCAGCUUAGCAAGUUUGCCAUCGAUGCAAUCUGCAGCAAGUAUUCUCAUCCAUGGACGAGUUCAUGCAUCAACUCGAGCGUUGGUCUCGGUUUACACAGCCUCCAGGAGAGUCUGAGGAUAUAUGUGACUCUUUACUUAUUUGCUCUCUUAAUGAAAAGAAGGAAACCAACAAAGGAAGACAUUAAGAAAACUAUAUUAGGUAUUUUGCAAUCUACAGCAUUUCUUGCAUGGAGUGGUUUUUCUUAUUCAGUUUUUAUCUGUUGGUUAAGCCGACUAUUGGGCCAUUUAAACUUCCUGACUGUGUCUUUUCUCCCAUCCUUCUUGUCUAGUCUAACUGCUAUUCUUAUAGAAAGACCUUCUAGACAUUCAUUAUUGUGUCUCUAUGUAUCAAACAUUGCGACAGAAACAUUGUUUAAAAUGGGUGUGUGGCGAGGAUAUUUUUCACCUAUCCCAAGAGGGGAAAUCUACAUCUUCGCCGUGAGUGCAGCUGUAUUAUUGUAUUUUUUCCGUUCAAAAGUGAACAAGCAAGAUUCCAUAUAUAAGAUAUUGAGGUUAAUUGUUGGACCAUAUGAAGAGAUUGAAUACACUGUGAAAAAAGAUUUGCAUUCCAAAACUUCCUUAGAAAAUAUUGAGGUUAGCAGUACAGAGAAGAAUAGAGAUAUACAGAAGAAAUGUCAAAAGAAUAAAUUCAAUAUUCUGUUAAAGUCUUUGGAGACAUACAAAUAUUUAAUUAACAUUUUAAAAGCACGCAGCAAGCAUGUCUCAUGUCCACAUCCUUAUAGCUGUGCGCAUUAUGUUUUAGCGGGAAGUGCAAGAGCCUUCAGUUAUGGUAUUGGCGGACAAUUAGCACUUAAUUUAAUUUUUCAGUAUAAAAAAUUACUUCAAAGCCCAAAACUAAUAAAAUCCAUCAUCUUUCAAAGAGAAAACUUAAAUCUUGGUAUAUUCCUUGGAGGAUGUUCCGGCCUUUUCAGGCUAGUGUCAUGUUCGUUAAGAAGAAUUCUCCACAAAGAUUCACACACUUAUGCUAUUCCCGCUGGACUUGUUGCGAGUAUAGCGUUCAUGGCAUAUCCCAAUAAUGUUGUAGCAUUAUACUUUAUGUGGAAAGCAUUGCAGCUGCUGUGGAAUAAUGCAGUGGAAAGCGGGAAGGUGCCUGAGAUAAAAUGGUUCGUGAUCUUGUUGUAUAGUUUUAGUACUGCAUUACUCUUUCAUGCAGCUAUAAUAGAACCGCAAAACUUACGACUAUCUUAUUUUAAAUUCCUCUACAAUAUGUCUGGUGGAAGGAUAGCAGUGAUGUCCCGAAUACCGCUAGACGAAUUUGGUUUAGAAACAAACAAACAUUUGCAAGAUGUGCUUAGGAAAACGCGUCUGACUGAUCAAAUUAAUUAUUCUUUUUAAAAUGCUUCUGAAGACUAAUCGAAGCGACAAUACGUACCUUAUUUUUCUCAAGAAUAUACUUUUUUUGCCGAACCAAAGAAGUAAACAGAUGCAUUAUGUGCGUUUACACUUCUAAACUAUGUUGAAAUAACCAUGAGAGUCAAUGGGAUGAAAUAAUGUACACUCUCUAAAUAAUACGUUCUAAAUGGUAAGAACGCACGAUUUAGAAUAUAUUUAAUUGUAAGUUCUUCGUUUAUGUACGCUAAGCGAAUUAAUAAUUCUUAUAAAUGUGUUUAUAAAUGUGUUUAAACAUAUUUAUAAUUCUUAUAAAUAUGUUGGACAAAAAAUAUUAAUGAAAUGGUAUUUAAAUACUGAUUUUGCCACGAUUUACGAUUUUAAUCUAUCGAUUUUUAGUCCCUAAAUGCGAUAACAAAAAUAUUUGUGCGUACGUGAUUUAAUUUUAUAUGCGAUAGUCAAAAACGUAUAUAUCUGUGUAGUGCAGAACGCAUCUAUCUUAUGUGUUCUAAAAUCUCAACAUGAAAACCCUAAUAAUAUCGGCCUUUUCUCUUUUUAACCAUAUUUCAAAGCAACGAUGCUUGAAUGAUGUGAUAUUGGGUAAACUUAAUACUUUCAUAACAGAUAUAAUUGUAUAGAUGUGUAUGUGUGUGUGUAUAUACAUACAUACAUACAUAUAUAUAUAUAUAUAUAUAUAUAUAUAUAUAUAUAUAUAAAACUUAAUAUUUAAUUGUUAUAAUAUUUAUACAUGUGAUAAAUGGAUAAAAUAAGGGAAAUAGGUGAAUGAAAUUAUUUAUACUUGGAUGUGGUCACUAUAGAAUAAUUGCAAUAGUAGUAGAAACAUAUACUUUCACAUUUUUGUAAUAUAUUAUUACUAUAUUUUUUUUAUGCGAAAUGUUAAAUGGAGAUUUACCACUUAAAAUAUAAACGCUCCAUAAUGAGUCGUUUUAACAAAUUUUUUACUAGAAAUACAUAUAAUUUAUUUGUUAAAUGUAAUUUCUAAUAAACACCAUUUUUUCUUGCA